AUGUCGCCGCACCACGAGCGCCUCACGCGCUUCUACCGGAAAUACAACGCGGACAAGCUGCAUGAGAUCGACGGUGUUCUCGAGCGGUUCAAAGGACGUGAAGCACAGCUGUUUUCGGCGCUAGUGAAGAAGUACGGCCCGGAACCAGCCGAGGACGAGGUCGUCGAGGUCGCAGCUGCCACGCUGGACCUGUCAGAACCAGCUGUUUCGGAUUCUAGCCAAUCAAACGAGUCGAGUGUGUAUACUUCUCAGCGACUGCUGGCUUUUUACCAGCGGUACAAUCCUGAAAAAGUUGACGACGUGCCGCAGGUGCUGGCCAAGUAUAAGGACAAGGAGUCGCAGCUUUUUGAUGCACUGGUGAAAAAGUACGGACCGGAGCCAGGGGACUCGGACAGUGAAGGAGACGAUGAAGAGGAAGAAGAGGCAGAGGAUGGAGAGGUUGAACAAGAUGAAGAGGUGAGCAGCUCACCUAAGCUGUGCAGCGUGGUUUACUGUCCAAUUGACACGUUCCCGCCCGAGUACUGUGAGUACGGCCCCAUGUUCAAUGAGUGCAAGCCGUGGCUGGUUGAGCACUGUCCGGAUCUUGUGCUGACCAAGUACAAUCGCACGGUCGCGGAGCUCUUGGAAGUGGAGCAGCAGAUUGCUGAUGGCGUGGAGGGUAUUUCGCUCGAAGUGGAGGGCAAGACGGUGAAGAAGAAGAAGAAGAACAAGAUCGAGGAGGCGGCCAAGCGGAAGGAGAACUGUAUCGUGACGAUCUCCAAGAGCUCGCGGAAGGGCCGCAAACGUCUCACGUUUGUCACGGGGCUCGAGGAUUUCGAGGGCGUGAAUAUCAAGGAGGCCUGCAAGAGCAUGGGCAAGAAGUUUGCCUGCAGCUCGUCACUGUCCAAGACGGACCAGGGGCAGCACCAGAUCCAGCUGCAAGGCGAUUGCGUCACGGAGCUAUUGGACGUAUUGCCAGAUGUUUAUGGUGUCCACGAGGACCAGAUCGUUGUCAUUGACGAACCUGUCAAGGCAGCAAAGAAAAGCAAAAAGUAG